CCGGCGGAGCAGUCAGAGUCGCGCUGGCUCCACUGAGAAGUUCAGCUCUUCGGGGAGCGGCGUCCUCUCACUUUCUACAGAGAAAUAAAACGUCGUUUGGAGUAAACACAUAUUUCAUCUCGUGGUCUUGACCAGAACGCCGUAUUUGUUAAAGACUUCGGUCGGGCGACGCUCUACGGUCACGUCUGUCCUCAGUCAUAGCGUCUGCUUAGCGUUGAAAUAACGCUAUAAAAAGAGGAGGGGAAAUAACCCUUUUUUCCCCCUAGUUGCUGAAUGAAACUUUCUAUCAUUCCCCACGGAAGGAGCGAAGACGCGCCAGCGGGUUACUGAGGAUAAAGCGAGCCGGAGGACGGGGCGGACCGCUGGAUGGGACUAAGAUGCUCGCUCCGCUCAAGUUCCAGGUCGGGAGGUUAGCAACCAUGUCAGCGGGGGUUCGUUUUGGGAAAUGAUUGCUGGGCAGCACCGACGGUAAAAUAAUGGUCAGAAGAUGCCUAGUAACGUUCAAACCCUUCAGGAUAUUUGUGGUGGGAGUGGGCUUCUUCAGCCUGUGUUUUUUAAUGACCUCUCUGGGGGGGCAGUUCUCAGCCAAGAGACUGGGAGACUCGCCAUUCACCAUCCGUACAGAAGUGCUGGGAGGUGUGGAGUCACGCGGUGUGCUGAGGAAGAUCAGUGACAUGCUGGAGGUGAUCCUGAAGAGGAUGGACACGCUGUCCAAACUCGACAACAGCUCCACGUCGGAUGCGAGGCGCCUGGAUGAGCUCAGCUCUGCUAUCAACAGGUUUCAACCAGCUGGCCUGGUGGAGAGGAUCCAAGCUAUAGCUCAAAAUGUUUCCAACAUGGCCAUGAGAGUGGAGCAGAUGCUGCAAAGUAGCAUGAUGCAAGGCAGAGUGCUGAGAGAUGGCUCUGCGAGCCAGUGUGAAGUACCAAGGGACAGCCGCUUUCCAGAGUGCCCUGGAAAAGUAGAUUGGAUGCGUGCUCGGUGGACAUCGGACCCUUGCUACGCCUUCUACGGUGUGGAUGGUUCAGACUGUUCUUUCCUCAUCUACCUGAGUGAAGUGGAGUGGUUCUGCCCCCCACUGCCCUGGAGGAACCACACAAGCACCCCCACUCAGCACACACAGCAGACAAAAUCCCCCAAGAGACAAGCUGCCUUCCGCACAGACCUUUCUGUUCUGCUGGAUCAGGUCGGCGGUGGAAAAGAGUCUCUGAGCUUCAUGAAGCGCAGAAUCCGACGGCUCGCACAGCAGUGGGCAACGGCUGCAAACCGUCUGGGUGCCAAACUUGGACAACGUUGGAGGGACCAGAAGAAGGUCCUAAUCCAUGUGGGAUUUCUAACAGAGGAGUCUGGGGAUGUUUUCAGCCCGAAGGUGCUGAAGGGGGGACCGCUAGGGGAAAUGGUCCAGUGGGCCGACAUCCUGACUGCCCUCCAUGUUCUGGGACACAACCUGAAGAUCUCUAUGUCUGUUAAAGAGCUUCAAGGGUUUCUUGGAGUGCCUCCUGGUAGAGGCAGCUGCCCACUCACUGGUCCGUUGCCCUUUGACCUCAUUUAUACUGACUACCACGGCCUGCAACAGAUGAAGCAGCACAUGGGACUGUCACUGAAGAAACACAAAUGCCACAUCAGAGUUAUUGACACAUUUGGGACAGAGCCAGCCUACAACCAUGAAGAGUAUGCAACCCUGCAUGGCUAUCGGACCAACUGGGGCUACUGGAACCUGAACGCCCGGCAGUACAUGACCAUGUUCCCCCACACACCAGACAACUCCUUCAUGGGCUUCGUUUCGGAGGAGCUGAACGAGACGGAGAAGAGGAGCAUCCAGCAGAACAAAGUCAACAGCAUGGCUGUGGUCUAUGGGAAAGAAGCCAGCAUGUGGAAGCUUCAGCAGGGCAAAGAUGGUUUCCUGGAAAUCCUUCAUAAGUACAUGGAGGUCCAUGGGACGGUGUACUAUGAGACCCAGAGGCCGCCGGAGGUCCCGGCCUUCGUGAAGAACCACGGUCUGUUGCCCCAACACGAGCUGCAGCAGCUUCUCCGUAAGGCCAAGCUCUUCAUUGGUUUUGGGUUUCCGUACGAAGGUCCCGCCCCUCUUGAAGCAAUAGCCAAUGGUUGCAUUUUCCUGCAGCCAAAGUUCCAGCCGCCCCACAGUUCACUGAAUCACGAGUUCUUCAGAGGAAAACCUACAUCUAGAGAGGUUUUCUCCCAGCACCCGUAUGCAGAGGAGUACAUAGGCAGGCCGUACGUCAUGACAGUCGACUACAACAACUCCCUCGAGUUCGAUGCUGCUGUCAAGGAAAUCAUGAGGACCAAGGUUGAGCCCUACUUGCCCUAUGAGUACACAUGUGAGGGGAUGCUGGAGAGAGUUCACGCCUACAUACAGAAUCAGGACUUCUGUCUGCCAGAGCCUCCCUUCAUUCCAGCCAAUUUCUCCAGACUGGGAUCAGCCAGUGGCAGCCGGGUAAUCAGACCUCUGUUUGUGCCCCUGCCCAACUCCACGUCCCUUGGCUGGGCGUCCAACGUGACGGCUCCCGCGGCUUGGCCUCCUCUCAGCUCUCUCCGACUGCUGGUGUCGCAGGAGGGCCAGUCUUGUGUUGAGGCCUGCCAGUCAGCUGGCUUCAUCUGCGAACCCGCUCACUUCCGCUUCGUCAACAACAAGGAGGCUCUGCGGGGGUUGGAGGUGCAGUGCGAGGUGGUGGACUCGGAGAUCAACCACAUCCUCCCGGCGUUCUCCGUGAUGCGUCGGGAGUGCAGCCUUCAGAGGGAGCCGUUGCUGUUCAGCUGCGCGGGCCACUCUCCUAAAUACAGACGCCUCUGCCCCUGCAGGGACUUCCUUCGAGGGCAGGUGGCUCUUUGCAGAGACUGCUUAUAAUGAUGGGGAAGCGACACGAAAACAAAAGACUUGGAUUUAAAGAGGGAAGCUAAAAGAGCUUGACCUUGAACUGCUGCUGGGUGGUUUAAUGAAUGGUUGGUGUGAGGGCCGCGGUCGCUGCAGGGGGCGACUGACGCCAAUCACACCUCAAGCCAGUAAACUUUCACGUUACCCGCACAGUGAAGACGCAUCAAAUAUUUUAUUCUGAAGCUUCACCUCCAUAAUAUUGGGCGUACGGUCUCGCUCCGCGAUGGCGUUGUCAUGGAGAUGGCAACCUCAGGUCAGCGUCCGACCUCCACUCCGCGCUCAGACAGAGGAUGAUGGACGCACAGCUCAUCUCUCGUUCUGUUCGACCCUUCUUUGCACUGAUGGAUAUUUUUCAGACUGCGCCCUCAUUCUGAGGCGAUUAUUCUCUCUGAGAAGAAAGGACACACACACAGGGCAGCUCACAAGAUUAUUUUUCAAUAAAUAAGCCUUCAUAUCUCUCAGCUGGAUUUUUAAGAAGGUCUUUGGACUUUGUGAUGGAAAAAUCAUAAA